GAGGGGGAGCCGUGGGUGCGGGGCAGCGUGGGGGCAGAGGCCCCGGGACGCCCGCCCGGCCCCAGGCCCCGCUCCGCCCGGGCGCCCCCACGGGUGCCCCCCCCUUCCUGGUCCGAGCAGUGUGAGUGUGCCCGGGAGCCCAGCGGCGGCGGUGGCAGUGGCGGCGGCGGCGGCGGCGGCGGCGUGGAAACCGGCGUGGGCUGGGGGGUCCGAGCCGCGGGGGGCAGUGCCAUGCACAAGCACCAGCACUGCUGUAAGUGCCCUGAGUGCUAUGAGGUGACUCGCCUGGCCGCCCUGCGGCGCCUCGAGCCUCCGGGCUAUGGGGACUGGCAGGUGCCUGACCCCUACGGGCCAAGUGGGGGCAAUGGGGCCAGCACGGGUUAUGGGGGCUACAGCUCGCAGACCUUGCCCUCGCAGGCGGGGGCCACCCCCACCCCUCGCACCAAGGCCAAGCUCAUCCCCACGGGCCGGGAUGUGGGGCCGGUGCCCCCCAAGCCAAUCCCAGGCAAGAGCACCCCCAAACUCAACGGCAGCGGCCCCAGCUGGUGGCCUGAGUGCACCUGUACCAACCGCGACUGGUAUGAGCAGGUGAAUGGCAGCGACGGAAUGUUCAAAUAUGAGGAGAUAGUGCUUGAGCGGGGCAACUCUGGCCUAGGCUUCAGUAUUGCAGGUGGCAUCGACAAUCCCCACGUCCCUGAUGACCCUGGCAUCUUUAUAACCAAGAUCAUCCCUGGUGGAGCAGCUGCCAUGGAUGGGAGGCUGGGGGUGAAUGACUGUGUGCUGCGGGUGAAUGAGGUGGACGUGUCGGAGGUGGUGCACAGCCGGGCAGUGGAGGCGCUGAAGGAGGCGGGCCCUGUGGUGCGCUUGGUGGUGCGGAGGCGACAGCCCCCACCCGAGACUAUCAUGGAGGUCAAUCUGCUCAAAGGGCCCAAAGGCCUGGGUUUCAGCAUUGCUGGGGGCAUUGGCAACCAGCACAUCCCAGGAGACAACAGCAUCUAUAUCACCAAGAUCAUUGAGGGGGGUGCUGCUCAAAAGGAUGGACGCCUACAGAUUGGGGACCGGCUGCUGGCGGUGAACAACACCAAUCUGCAGGACGUGAGGCAUGAGGAAGCUGUGGCCUCGCUGAAGAACACGUCUGAUAUGGUCUAUCUGAAGGUGGCCAAGCCAGGCAGCCUCCACCUCAACGACAUGUAUGCGCCCCCCGACUACGCCAGCACUUUUACUGCCUUGGCUGACAACCACAUAAGCCAUAACUCCAGCCUGGGUUAUCUCGGGGCUGUGGAGAGCAAGGUCAGCUACCCUGCUCCUCCGCAGGUCCCCCCGACCCGCUACUCUCCUAUCCCCAGGCACAUGCUGGCUGAGGAGGACUUCACCAGAGAGCCCCGAAAGAUCAUCCUGCACAAGGGAUCCACAGGCCUGGGCUUCAACAUCGUAGGAGGAGAGGAUGGGGAGGGCAUUUUUGUCUCCUUCAUCCUGGCAGGAGGCCCAGCUGACCUGAGUGGGGAGCUGCGCAGGGGAGACCGGAUCUUAUCGGUGAAUGGAGUGAACCUGAGGAAUGCAACUCAUGAGCAGGCUGCAGCUGCUCUGAAACGGGCUGGCCAGUCAGUCACCAUCGUGGCCCAGUACAGACCUGAAGAGUACAGUCGCUUUGAAUCGAAGAUACAUGACUUACGAGAACAAAUGAUGAACAGCAGCAUGAGCUCUGGGUCUGGGUCCCUCCGAACCAGUGAGAAGAGGUCCUUGUAUGUCAGGGCCCUGUUUGAUUAUGAUCGGACUCGGGACAGCUGCCUGCCAAGCCAGGGGCUCAGCUUCUCUUAUGGUGAUAUUCUGCAUGUCAUUAAUGCCUCCGAUGAUGAGUGGUGGCAGGCAAGGCUGGUGACCCCACAUGGAGAAAGUGAGCAGAUCGGUGUGAUCCCCAGUAAGAAGAGGGUGGAAAAGAAAGAAAGAGCUCGAUUGAAAACUGUGAAGUUCCAUGCCAGGACAGGGAUGAUUGAGUCUAACAGGGACUUCCCAGGGUUAAGUGACGAUUAUUAUGGAGCAAAGAACCUGAAAGGACAAGAGGAUGCUAUCUUGUCAUAUGAGCCAGUGACACGACAAGAAAUUCAUUAUGCAAGGCCUGUGAUCAUCCUGGGCCCAAUGAAGGACCGAGUCAACGAUGACCUGAUCUCUGAGUUCCCGCAUAAAUUUGGAUCCUGUGUGCCACAUACUACCCGGCCUCGGCGCGAUAAUGAGGUAGAUGGGCAAGACUACCACUUUGUGGUGUCCCGAGAACAAAUGGAGAAGGAUAUUCAGGACAACAAGUUCAUUGAGGCAGGCCAAUUCAAUGAUAAUCUCUAUGGGACCAGCAUCCAGUCAGUGCGGGCAGUUGCAGAGAGGGGCAAGCACUGCAUCUUAGAUGUUUCCGGCAAUGCUAUCAAGAGACUGCAGCAAGCACAACUUUACCCUAUUGCCAUUUUCAUCAAGCCCAAGUCCAUUGAAGCCCUUAUGGAAAUGAACCGACGACAGACAUACGAACAGGCGAAUAAGCUCUAUGACAAAGCCAUGAAACUGGAACAGGAGUUUGGAGAAUACUUUACAGCCAUUGUACAGGGUGACUCACUGGAAGAGAUUUAUAACAAAAUCAAACAAAUCAUUGAGGACCAGUCUGGGCACUACAUUUGGGUCCCAUCCCCUGAAAAACUCUGAAGAAUCCCCUCCAACCAUUCUCUUGUGAACAGAAGAAAUCAAGUCCCUCUUCCCUCCUCCCUCUUCAUUCCUGUCCCCAUGGGGAGAACAAAUGCUACUGUUCUUGUCCCCUUUUUUAGAUAUGUCAAAAAAAGUUGAGUUUUCUA